AUGCCACAGAUCGAAGUGUACGAAGGUGAACAGAUCGUGGUGGACCGCGAGGACACGCUACGAGCUAUCCGACGCUCCAUCGACACUCUCAUCCAACUCGAGCGAUCUCUCGCGGACGGCGGGUCUACCACUGCGUCUGCGAACGGGAUCGCGGAUGAGGAUGUGCGCUCGGACGUACCCUCGAGCGUCAGUGGGCACGAGUACUUGGAUGCGAUUAUUAUCAAAACCACCAGCGCUGCUGAGAGCUCGACCAGCGAGUCUGACUUCGUCCAUAUCGGACACUCGGACGAUGAACGCGAGCCUACGCGCCGCGAGCAAGACUCUACGUCUUCUCAGCCCAACACCUCUUCUCGACCCAAGAAAUCAUCCGCUAUCGUGAAAAAACUCGACCGAUACUUCGCCGACAAGCCACCGUACCCCAUCUGGCAGACCAUUUUCAGCUUGUUCUGUUGGUACAUCCUCCUCUCGAUCGCCGCCCCCCUUUUCAGGGCCGCUGCGUCCCUCGCUGAUUUGAUUUUGCUCGUGCCGACGUGGUUUAUGUGGGCCCUUUGGGUGUCCGUCAGCGCCGAUCCUGAGCCCUUGUAUCCGAUGGCGAGCGAGAACUUCACCUACGCUUGGAAGUGA